ACUACAACAAGUUUUAUAAAUGUCUUUAAUAACUCCUUCCUACAUUUGUAAGAUUAUGCAAUAAUUGUUAUGUUGACAAAGUAUUUGGAAAUGCAGUCUGUUGGCUACAUGGAUGGUUGUCAAACUUCUCAAAUGCAGUGACACCCACAAUCCAAACCUUUCAGUAAAUUAUUCUGAUUUAGAGUUUAAAUUACUAAACUGUGUUAAACAGCUUUUAUAAAUGUGCCUUGUACUUGUACUCCCAUUCAUUUUGGGCUAUCAAUACUUUAACUUGUUCACAUGAGAUGGUAAAAGAAAUACAUGACAUCAGAAUUGUUAUGCUCUUUGCAGGAUCUGGAGCAAAAGAUCAGAGAUGGCACGCUUCUUUCCAACAGACACUAUCUCCAUAAAAACAAGGAGUUUUAUCCGGCAUUGCAAAUGAUGUACUCAUCCAACAACACAUUGUUGGAUGACUUGAAGAUGAUCAACAGGCUGAAGAACAUCCUGCCUGUAACGGGCAAAGAGCUAGAACAGCAGAUGUACCUGGAAGAUGUAAUUCUGCCACAGGUAACAAUUCAGUGGCUGAGAAAAACACUGGGUCUUUGGAGACACGAGGCAGAAAGCCUCCUCUUAAAACAGGAAGAUGCGCACAGUGGAAGAGAAAAGGAAAACGACAGCCCUGCACCUGAGCCGACAGACCAACAGAAUUCUGGAAAAUUCCAAAAAAUUGAGCAUGCUCUGUUGGCAGCCAAGUGGUGCCAGACAUGGCCUUUGAAGGGGAAGGUGACAUUACCCGCACUGACGCUAAUGGGCCGAUCAGAACAGCUGGCCAUCGGAAAAGCACAUGCGGGAGAAGAAGAAGACGACGGAGCUGAAAGACUCUUUGAUUUCAACUUUGAAUAUCAAAGUGAUUAUAAUAGGUUUUCUGAGGAAUUCAUGGACAAGGGUUACAAGGUGGAUGGGUCAUUCAAGCACUGUGAUUAGUUGCGUAAUGAGAGUUUAUUGUUUUACAUGUUGUGUUUUGUUUUAUUAAAUGUGUUUCAUAUUUACAAAUACGUUCCGUGAA